AGACAGACAGGGACUCUCGUGGACACACAGAGACGCAGGGAGGCAGAACCUGGCAAACAGGCGAGGGGAGAGGUCAGCAGGCUAGCGAGUCCUUCCCACUAGUUGCCAAGCCCAGAGAAGAGACUUGGGAGAGGGAGGGUCCCUUUAGACUCCCAAACCCCACGACUCCGAAGGGGCCACUCCUGAAGCUCCUUGAGGACUGCAGGUCUCAGCCCUUCUAAGUUUGCUCGGAGGGAAUUACGCAGAAAGACAGGAAGAGGAGGCUCUCCAGGAGGCCCGGGGGCGCGCGCUGCCUAGAGCUGCCCACCCCAGGGUGCACCGCCACUUCAAUGCUCCGCAGGUCACGGGCUGCUUCUCCUUCGAAGGCGGCGGAGGACCAGGGGCGCCCCGCGCCGCGCUGACUCGGACCCGCGCCAACGCCUGACCCGCGCGCCCUUGGGCGCCGACGCCGGUGCGCCCGGCGCGUCCCUGUGCGCUCCAGCCCGGCUCGGGCCCUCGAGGGGCGGCUCCCGCCAGGAUGGCCCCGGGCCGGGCGCUGGCCGGGCUCCUGCUGCUGGCGGCCGCCGGCCUCGGAGGGGCGGCGGCGGCGGGCCCCGGGCUGGCCUUCAGCGAGGAUGUGCUGAGCGUGUUCGGCGCGAAUCGGAGCCUGUCGGCGGCGCAGCUCGGGCGCCUGCUGGAGCAGCUGGGAGCCGCGCCCGCGGAGGGCGCCCCCGAGCCCGGGCGGCUGCACUUCAACCAGUGUUUAUCAGCUGAAGAGAUCUUUUCCCUUCAUGGCUUUUCAAAUGCUACCCAGAUAACCAGCUCAGACUUCUCUGUCAUCUGUCCAGCGGUUUUACAACAACUGAACUUUCACCCUUGCGAGGAUCGGCCCAAGCACAAAGCAAAACCAAGUCUUUCCGAAGUUUGGGGAUAUGGAUUCCUGUCAGUGACAAUCAUUAACCUGGCAUCUCUUCUUGGCAUGAUUUUGACUCCACUGAUAAAGAAAUCUUAUUUCCCUAAGAUUUUGACCUAUUUUGUGGGGCUGGCUAUCGGAACUCUGUUUUCAAACGCAAUUUUCCAACUUAUUCCAGAGGCAUUUGGGUUCAAUCCCAAAAUUGACAACUAUGUGGAGAAAGCAGUUGCUGUAUUUGGUGGAUUUUACUUACUUUUCUUUUUUGAAAGAAUGCUUAAGAUGUUGUUAAAGACGUAUGGGCAGAAUGAUCACACCCACUUUAGAAAUGAUGACUUUGGUCCUUCUCAAGAAAAAACUCAUCAACCUAAAACGUUACCUGCCAUCAACGGUGUGACUUGCUAUGCAAAUCCAGCUGUCACUGAGCCUAAUGGACACAUCCCUUUUGAUAAUGUCAGUGUGGUCUCUCUCCAGACACAAGGAGAAGCCACUUCAGUACCUAUGCAGCAGGAUGGAAGAAAGGAGUCCAGUUCAUGUACAUGUUUGAAGGGGCCCAAGCUGUCGGAGAUAGGGACAAUUGCCUGGAUGGUGACGCUCAGUGACGCCCUCCACAAUUUCAUCGAUGGGCUGGCCAUUGGGGCUUCCUGUACCUUGUCUCUUCUUCAGGGAGUCAGCACCUCGGUAGCGAUCCUGUGUGAGGAGUUUCCCCAUGAGCUAGGGGACUUUGUGAUCCUACUCAAUGCAGGAAUGAGCACUCGACAAGCCUUAUUAUUCAAUUUCCUUUCCGCAUGCUCCUGCUAUGUUGGACUAGCUUUUGGCAUUUUGGUGGGCAACAAUUUUGCUCCAAAUAUCAUAUUUGCACUUGCUGGAGGCAUGUUCCUCUAUAUUUCUCUGGCAGAUAUGUUUCCAGAGAUGAACGAUAUGCUGAGAGAAAAGGUAACUGGAAGAAAAACCGAUUUCACCUUCUUCAUGAUUCAGAAUGCUGGAAUGUUAACGGGAUUCACAGCCAUUCUGCUUAUUACUUUGUACGCAGGAGAAAUUGAAUUGGAGUGAUAGGAAAUGAAAGAUGGUGUUGUUAGUGAAGCCAUUUAAUAAAUAAAAACAUCUUCAAAGGGAUUUUUAAACUGAUCCUAUUUAGUUAAAAGGUAAUUUCAUUUUCAACUGUAAGUCAAGAAAACUGAUUAUUGGUUUCAGAUCUGUGAAACAGACCAUUAUUUGUUGUUAAAAAUGCUUCAAAAGGUUUUCACUUCCAGCUGAAAAGCCUGGUAUAUGAGAUCUUUGGCAAACACCCACUUUUCCAUGUUUCAUGCAUAUUAGGAAUCAUCACAAAGCAAGAAACAUGCGUUCUAUAAUCAUUUAGCCACAGAGUCCCAGAGAAAAAUACAGGCUAGGCUGUAUAAGCCUUUAAACCUCUCUGGGAGGAUCAAAAGUUAAGUGGUUUCAGAGUGGUUUUCUUUUAAUUAAUUUGUUCUAGUGCUUUCAUGAGCAAGUACGCUGAAAUGUGGAAGAGAAUCAAAACAUACGACACGGGCAGAAAUGAUUGCACAGCCUGAGCGAACCCAGGAAAGAAAGCUGGCCCACAGCUUUGCUUGGUUUCCUAUUUUAGGUAGGCACUUGUAGGUUUGUUUUGAAAACCAUCCUAAAAUAAUAUGAAUUAUGAAAUCAAUGAAGUUUUGUUAGCCCUACUAAGUUCUGACUUUGAUACUUUAUCUCUAAUGUAAACUCUAGUAGAUUCCCUAAAAAUCCAGAAUUGCUUUUUUGUGACUUACGUCGUGGUUGCACCACAACAAACGGCAGAACAGCUGACGACAACUCACUCUCAGUGUGUGGUGUGUUUGCUUUGUGAAGGUGAAGAAUAUGUUGGUUUGUAGAAAGAAAUUGAAUGUAAUUUUAAGCAAUUUACUUUUAAAGAUGAACACAAUUAUUUAGCAGGGAUAUUUUAAAUAAAUGCAAAAUAACAGCUCAACUGCUGUGUCAAGGACUGAUUAACUAGAAAACAUAUGUUCCUAUGGGUGAUUGAGACUCAUUCAGAAAAGACUUCUUUUGUGUUCAGCUUGCAUUUUUCCUAUAUAGUAUGCCUUGGAAAAAGACUUCCACACACCAUGGUUAUUUUUCUACCUUUUAUAAAAGAUAGGUCCUGUUUACUCAUUUAGCAGAUAUAGAAAGUUGGUCUAAACCUGAACAACCUAACCCCAAUUCACACUCCCAAGUCACUUAAAGGUGAUUUGACGGUGAGGAAAAUGAUUGAUGAAAGCCAACAGUGAUCUCAGGAAUUACGUUUCCCGUAGACCAUAAAAUGGUGUCACAUAGCAAUAAUGCAGAUCUGAUGAAUAUUUAACGUGUAUGUUAAUGUACAUUUCACUUUAUGAUUGACAUUUAAAAAAAUAUCAUUUGACCAAAUAGUAAACACUUUUGAAACCAA